CUGUCCCCCGUUCAAACUCUCUCUUUCCCUCUUCUUCUCCAGGUGGGAAAUCCCAGGUUGGGGGGGAGAAUAAAGGAGGAGGAGGGCCCGUUGUUCUUCAGGGACAGUAUAGUUUAUCGAGAAUGGGGCUACAUCUUCUCGAGGCUGGAGAAGUUCCAUUUGGCCGAGUUGUAUUUCGACAAGGCGAUCAAACAGACCCAGAGCAAUGACUUGAGAACGUAUCUCGGGCUCGUCAAGGCGCAGCUCGCCUACGCUAGGUUCAAAAGGGCGCUCAAGACCGAGGAAAGAUGCGUGGAGCUAGGUUAACUUUUUACGGUUACUUCUUUUUAAAGUUGAAAAGAAAUUGGAUGCGUUCAUCCGUGAAAAGAUCUUUUUUCUAAGCUUCAAAAUAUUUUCUUGUUCAGUUUUUUUUCAACUUGCAAGAAAAAAGAAUUAUUCUGAGA